AUGUGCAUGAAUUAUUCCAAGCAGUUCACCCAUUUGGGGAACAUCACAGAAACAACCAAGUUUGAGAAGAUGGCAGAGGACUGCAAAAAGAACAUGGAGAUCCUCAAACAAGCUCACACCAAGGGAUUUCCCCUGCCCAAAUAUCAUUAUGAGCAGCGGACCUUCAAUGUGGUCAAGAUAUUCCCAGAAUUAAACAGCAAUGAUAUGAUUCUUUACAUAGUGAAAGGAAUCAACCUGCCUGCUCCUCCAGGCAUGUCUCCAAAUGAUUUAGAUGCCUUUGUACGCUUUGAAUUCCCCUAUCCCAAUGCGGAGGAAGCUCAAAAAGACAAGACCAAUGUGAUCAAAAAUACCAAUGCUCCUGAAUUCCAAGAGAAGUUCAAGCUGUUUAUUAAUCGGGGACAUCGGGGACUCAAGCGAGCCAUUCAGACUAAAGCCAUCAAGUUUGAGGUUGUCCAUAAAGGAGGGCUGUUCAAAACUGACCGAGCAGUGGGAACUGCACAAUUGAAACUGGAGGCAUUGGAGACAUCUUGUGAAGUUCGGGAGAUAUUGGAGCUUUUGGAUGGUCGCCGGCCCACAGGAGGCAAGAUAGAAGUAAUUGUCCGCCUCCGAGAGCCAUUGACUUCCCAGCAACUGGAGACAACAACAGAGAAGUGGCUGGUCAUUGAUCCUCUCACUAUGCCACCAGUUGCACUUCCCAAACCCAAAGCACCUUUACCUCCUGGGAAGAAUGUGAGCAAUAGCAAGACUGUCUGCACUCUCCACAGUUUCAACGUGUUAGCUUUUGACAAGGAAAGGCUGGAGAGAAAGAUAAUGACAUGCAAGCAAAGUGGCCAACGGCCCCCUGGUGACCUGGUGGAGCAACAUCAGAAUGUCAUACAGAUGAUCCAGUGGCAAAAGUCACAGAUCCAGCAUGGUGGCCCUGCUGUCCUGAAAGAGUACCUGACUCAGCUGGAGCGGUACCAGCAGUGGUACACAGAGGCAGCACGGCGGCUUGGUAGCGAAGGCAAGCGGGAGGCAGCUAAAGAUGCCCUCUACAAACGCAAUCUGGUUGAGUGUGAGCUACAGAAAUUCCGCAAAUGAAGCAAAGAUUAGAUGGAAGCUCUCUCAUCCUUCUGCCAAUCAUCUGUACUCUUCAUGCACAGUCUUCUUCACACACAGUCUUCUUAUUGUGGUGGGGAGAGCUGGCUUACUCUGGCUUACUGUGCUUGGACAGGGACAUCCUUUGAGACCUUCAGUAAAUGUAAGGAGUGGGGACCCCUUUGUUUCCCCCAUCAAUAUGUGAGGCUGCCAGGUGAAAAGAGACAAUCUGCGAGACAAUUGCUGGGCCUUAGUGGAGAAGAGAAUCUUUUUUUCUCUCUCUUUCCAGCUGUAGUGACUGGGUACAUGCUCACCCUGAAACCAGUUUGAACCUGUUUAUAGAUCUAGUGGCUUUUUCCAGCAGUAGUCUCCAAGAAUUUAGAGUAUUGUAAGGGUGCUGAGAAUACUUAGCCCCUGCUGCCACUGUGAUUCCCCAAAUCUCUUGAUCCAGAGCUUUGUUAAUUCAACAGACUUGACUCUGUUUUGACCAGGGAGCAUAAACAUGCCUAGUGUCAUGGCUCCUUAGUUCCAUAGGUUGGAAGGACCCCAUAGUACCUGAUGUAUACUGAGUUUGCUAUCUUUAGGAAUUCUGCACCUUUAAAAACAUUAUAAACCCUCAUCCAUAGAGUUUACAUUCACAAAUCCCCUUAUUGCUACACCCCUUGUACCCUCUUCCCAUUCUUUUGCACCAAGCACUUUGCACAUAUCCCUUCCAAAUUCUGCUUGUUUGCCCUCAGUUCUUUUUUCCUUUGGGUGCUCACUGCUUAGAAUUGACCUGAUCCUUCUUGUGUGAUCAUGGUGACUGUGGAUAUGGUUGUGAAGUUUUGCAUGGCAGCUGUUAUGAGAUCCUGGCUUCUGAACUGGCAUCAGAUGACAGUCUUGAUGGAAAAUCUGCAUAGAUACCAUCCUCCUCUCAUGGCAUCUGACUCCUCUGUACAGCUCAUUUCAGGGAAAGAAAGGUUCUGAGCUCAGAGACUGAGGCUUUUUACUGGGUCUUGAGAACUGAGGUGCUGCCUCCCUGAUUUUUAUUUUUCUCCUUUCUUUUUUGCUUUUGGAACAGUCAAUAGAAGAUAUAUUGGACUAAGACCCCUCCCCCCCCCCAGUGUAGAGGCUGGAAGACUGCUGAGGAUGAUUUUCUUUUCCCCUUAAUACCUAAAUAGCACAAAGUAUAGGCUUCCAUCCUCCAUGAAUGAUGCUCAGAUUGAUUUGAACAUGAGCUCAGAUGUGAGACACAAUCACACAGCUGCAACCUCAUGCAGCUUAGAGCGGUGUUUGUACUUGUUCCUUGUACCACUUCUACUCCAUGCAGAAGGGUAUCAGAGAAUCACCAGUUCCUUGACCCCAUCCUAUCUCUGGUCCCCCUCAAAGGUUUGAGGAUAGAGGAGGUAUGGUGCUGUAGCCCAGGAUUUAGCAACUACAGUGAGUUCAGGAGCCAGUUCUCUCCUACCAGCAUCUGUUUCACAACAGAAUUUGAUAUUGUGCAAGGAACCACUACCACCACCUCACUUUCACUUCCAAGCAAGGCAGACAGAUUGGACCUUGUUCUAAAGUGAAAAUGUGCUCCCAACCCCAAAUUUGUCAGCACUAAGGGGGCUGCAUGUAGAAUAUGUGUUCUCCAUGCUGCUGUGGCCUAUGGGCAUUCAUUUAGUGUGACAUUACAGGAACUGGCUCCCCAUUUGGCAGCUGGAAAUGUAACCUUUUAAUGGAAUUAUCCUGUAUUAAAUAAAAGGCAUUUUUAAAUGUAAGAAAUUAACUCAGGGUUGCUGCUGCUCAGGACAGGUUAGGUGACAAGCUGUAGGUUAGAUCCUGGACUGUCUUCCCUUCCCUCACCUUGGUUCCUUUUAAAACCAAAAUGUAUCCCCUCCUUGUCUCAAAAUAGUGAGAUAAUAAAAGGGAAACAAGUGUUCUAAACAACCCUUUCCCCACUCCCAUUUUCACAUUUCACAUUUCCUCUUGGGUAUUAGGGAAAUCACAUCUUUUGUACAAGUGCCUGCCUCUUGAGGUUGUUGCUCAGCCAGAGGCCUUGAAAACCAAUGUUAGAAGCAGAGGCCGUGAAUUCGACUGUAAUGGCUUUAUUUUAUGCUCAGAGUGACAUAAAUAUAUAAAAAUUUUAAGGAUGGGAAUUUAAAAAGGAAUCUCUGUAAGACCCAACUGGAAUCUUGCACUAAUAAUAAAAAUGUUGUUAAAACCA